UUGUCAAGGAAUCGGGGGAACAUGGCGGCGGCAGCAGCAGAAGAAAGGUGCCGAGGAAAGUACUCGGCCAGCUGCAUCACUGUGGUGGUGAUUUUGCUUGGGCUGCCUCUCUGGUGGAAGACAACAGAAACAUAUCGUGCCUCGCUGCCUUAUAGCCAAAUCAAUGAGCUAGACAUUCUCUUGCUUGACAUAAAUGUGCCAGUGGAGGUGGUCUUUGUGAGAGGCACCCUGACGGCAGAACAACAGAAAAAGCUUCUACCACAGACUCAGUUUAGCCAGAAGAUGAAUCAGCUGGAUGGUAAAACGGGAUUCAAGUACAGGUAUGAGAAGACAUAUAGAGCUGCUACUGGUAUAGAACAAGAUGCCAUAAUGGGUGAAAAUGUGGAAGUGGCGGUUGUCACACUAUCCCAGGUUUACGAAAGCCUGGCAGGUUCAGUGGUGAUCUAUAUUGUGCCCGCUGAUUCCCAGCUUCUGCCACAGGAGGUCACUGUUUUCAUUGGGAAACACAGGGCUGCCUUUCUGCGCUCUCCAGUGACCAGAUCACAUAGUGUGGAGGAUGUACUUCAGGACAUUGACGACAAUGUGGAAGAGAUCCUGCAAACAAUGUCCUUCACUGAUGACAUGGUGGUCGCCGCAUUGUCUAGUCGCGUUCCCUCGGGAAUGUUUGGCACUGACACCUUCAGAGACAGCAUGACAGCUUUUAAAUCCAGUCUCGGAUAUGAAAUCACCUUCAGUUUGUUGAAUCCUGAUCCCAAAUCCCAUGAUGUUUGCUGGAAUAUUGAACGAGCUGUGAAUAAUUACGUGCAACCUUUCUUGGACAAGCUGUCAUUCAUUGCUAACUUUUCCGUGGACUCCCAGAUACUCUAUUACGCAGUUCUGGGUGUAACACCACGCUUCGAUAAGACAUCAUCGAGCUUUUCUCUAAACGAGGACAGUUUGCCCCACGUGAUCAAUCCAGUCGAAGCCAAACUUGGGUCCAGUGUUACUUCAAGCUACCCGGUUUUAAAUUUCCUUCUCUAUGUUCCUGAAUAUUCUCAUUCUCCUCUGUACAUCCGUGCUAGCAAUGGAUCUCCUGUUGAAUCAAACGCUUUCCACAGUUCCCGAUGGGGAGGAAUCAUGAUUUACAAUGUGGAUUACCAGCAACAAAACGAGACCCAGCUGCCAGUCUCAGUCAACGUAGACGUGGCUCGAGUGAUGGAAGUGUUUUUGUCUCAGCUGCGGUUAUUGUUGGGCAUACAGAAAGUGCAGCCCCCUCCCGAAUCCCUUGUCCAAAGUCCCGGGAACAUGAUUGUCACUGACUGGGAGACUGACCGCUUGCUGUGGGUGAGGACAGUGGAGAACAUUGCCACCGGAACAAAUACACUGACUUCCUUAGCCCAGCUCCUUGACGAAAUUGGAAACAUUGUGAUUAAUGACAACAUCGCAUCUGAGGUGUACAAUGCUGUAGCUUCCAUUCAGCGAUCACUUGAGGAGCUGGAGGCUGGGAGACUGUUGCCAGCUUUCAUGGCCAGCAAAGAGGCCAUCACCUCGUCUGAGAAAGCUUUCUUUGAUCCAUCUCUCCUCCACCUCCUGUAUUUCCCGGACGAUCAGAAGUUUGCCAUUUACAUCCCCUUGUUUCUGCCGAUGUGUGUCCCCAUUGUGCUGUCCCUGUUGAAGACGGGCAAGGACCUUAGAUGGAGAAAGAAGGUGGAUUGAGGAGGAGUUGCAUUGUAUCUGAGGAACUAAUGGCUCCUCACGGACUUAGAACGUCUCAAUUAUGAAAAAAUAUUGAAUGAUGGGGCUCUGUGUUAGAAAUGUUUUAGAUUUUGUUCAGUUUAAUUUAUUGGGAGGAGUUGUCCUCUUUCCUGAAUGCAAUGGAAUCAUGAUGGGAUGGUGUUCUACAGAUACUUGCAGCCCUGUAACCUCAGACAUUCUUAAUAUAUGAUGCAGUUGGGCUACUCAACCACAGGCAGUAUCACAGUCAAAUCAGAUCCUAUAUGGAACACGCCCAUAAUGUCUACAAAUGCCUGUCCCCCAAAUCCUUGGCCAGAGUUCAGAUCGUUGAUGCCAGUCAAACCUGGAAUCAAGGGAGAGAUUGACCAACUCCACACACAAUAAGUUAGCUCCUUCUGAUUGUUAUGUCUUGUUACACCGGACAUUUCUCUAGCCACAGGCCAUCAGGGACCUAAACCUUUUUGCUUACUGUGGUGUCUGCCAUCGUACCUGUCCUGUUUCUGGGGCAGUAUUGCUUUGGUUGUACACACACCAGACAUAGCAGCCCACCUCCAUGCAGUAAGUACAAGGGGAUACUAGAUAUGAAGGUAUGUUAAAUGCCAGAAUGUGUAUCUGUACUGCUUUUCAUACAGGCUUUUGUGUAAAAUUAUUUCUAGGGGAAGCCUGCAUCUUUGUUUAUGUAGCUUUUCAAUCAUCUGCUGAAAUGUUCAUAAACAAUUAAAAGAAGAUGCCAAGUUAGAGAUUAAAUCAUUUCCUCCCAUAUGGUUAUUCCCUCUUCUGGUGGUCUCUCUCCCCAUCCCCUCUCUUUUCUGGCUGUGUCUGUCUCUUUCCCCCCGCCUUUUCCCCCAAUCUGUGUCUCUCCACUCCAUCUAUCUCACUAUGUGUCUGUGGCUGUCACCUCUUACCAUGUGUGUCACUCGUCACUUCCUCUGCCUUGCUGUACCUCUCUGGAUCUCUCUCUCUCAUUUCCUCUCUCUCAAUCUCUUCCCCAAUGUUUCAAUUUCUCAAUUUGCCCCUUUCUUUCUUCUUGACCACCUUUCCCCAACUCCCUGAUGUGAGGUCUUUAAUUAAGUGGGGCUGUUACAUAGUAAAUGUUAUGUUUUAUCUUGUAAGUACUGCUUUGUAUCACUGUGUUUAAUCAACUCAUUACUAAAGAAUUCCUGCUGCA